AUGGUUGACCCAAAGAGACACAUCAACAUCCUCUCCGAGGAGGAUCAGCUGUUCCUGAACGAAUGCGAAGAGGAGUUCGGCGAUCGCUUCUCGGAGCACGACGCAGAGUUUACGGCGUACUGUGCCCAACCGGCUCGGGCACCUCCGGUCUUGGAACCGUGGCAGAGUCGCAACUUCCAAGGAGGAGGAGGCGGUGGCGGCCGAUACAAUCACCACAAUCGCAACUGGGACUAUCGGGAUCGGCCUUACCAGCAGCGAGGUGGCCGCUACAACAACAAUAAUAAUCGCGGCGGACGGGAUAACAACCGCUACAAUUCGGUAGGUAGGAACUACUCGUAA